AUGUCUCAAACCGCUGCUGUCAAGGACGAGCUGCAGAAGUCGACUGCCACUGCUCCUCCGGAUGCAGUUUCUCAACAGUCUGACAAUGUCGCCCAUGCUCUGGCUGGUUCUGGUGGUGGUCUCAUUUCCAUGGCUCUGACGUACCCUCUGAUCACUUUGUCAACACGCGCUCAAGUCGAAUCCAAGAAAGCCGACACCAACGUGCUUGCAGCAGCUCGCAAAAUCAUCGCUCGCGAAGGUGUUCGCGGUCUUUACGCAGGUCUCGAGUCUGCUCUUUUCGGCAUCAGUGUUACCAACUUUGUCUACUACUACUGGUACGAAUGGACCCGUGCUGCUUUCAUCAAGGCUGCAAAGGCUGCCAACCGUCCCAACGCUAGCAAGCUCAGCACAUUGGAGAGCAUGAUCGCUGGUGCGAUUGCUGGAAGCGCAACCGUGCUCAUCACCAACCCCAUCUGGGUCGUCAACACUCGCAUGACAGCCCGCAAGAACGAGAGCGAUGAGAGUGCUCUGCCCACCGAGCAAGGAGCAAAGCCCAAGAAGCUCAGCCCCAGCACCAUUGGCACGCUUCUGUCCAUCAUCAAGGAUGAAGGCUUCAUGAGACUCUUCGCGGGUGUGUUGCCAGCUCUUGUGCUGGUCAUCAACCCUAUCCUCCAAUACACCAUUUUCGAGCAGCUGAAACAGUCUGUUGAGAAGCGUCGUCGUGUCACACCCAAGGACAGCUUCUACCUCGGAGCUUUGGGCAAGCUCGCAGCCACCACCAUCACUUACCCUUACAUCACUGUCAAGUCUAGAGCCCACGUUGCCAGUGGCGAGAAGGAGGGCAUGUUCGAUAGCUUCUCAAGGAUCUUGCGUGAGGAGGGCUGGGCUGGUCUUUACGGAGGCAUUGGUCCCAAGGUUACUCAGAGCGUCAUCACUGCAGCUUUCCUGUUCGCAUUCAAGGAUGCUCUUUACAACGCAACAGUCAAGGCUCGCAGAACCAUUGCCAAGAAGGCAUAA